AAAUAGGAUAAUAUGAGUCAGUUAAAUAACAAUCAUGUGAAAAGUUCACAAUGUGUGUAUGGAUGUGUAAGAUUGAGUUAUCAAUGAUUGAUAUCCGGUGUUAAUAUGUUUUUAUAUGAAGGAAUAAAUAAAUAAAACAAAAGUGUAUGUUGAAGGCUGAAAAUAGUUUUUAGAAUCUGAUUCAGAUUUGAAUUUACGAUGCCCAUUAGAUCCAUCUGAGGUUAACAAAUUGCUUGGAAUUAUGUUUAAUAUCCACCUUAUAUUUCGAGGAGAUCUUUACAGACAAAAAGAAGGUAUAGCAAUGGGUUUGCCGAUUUCUUCGAUUGUAGCGAAUUUAUUCAUGAAUUCUCUAGGAAUCAAUGCUAUCGCGAGAAGUGUAUGUCCACCAAAAGUCUGGUUACGGUAUGUAGACGACAUUUUUAUUAUCGUUAAACAGGAUGGUUUGGAAGAUUUAUUUGAAAACGUAAACAACAUUUCGGAGAGCAUUAAGCUAACAAAGGAAAUAGAAUCCGUUGACCAUAAAUUAGCGUUUCUCGAUUGUUUAAUUGAACGAAGACAUAAUAAUAACUUGAAAAUAAAUGUAUUCAGGAAAUCGACACAUUUUGAGAGGUACUUAGAUUAUUGUUCGGCUCAUGCGCAGUGUACGAAAGUCAAUGUUGUAAAAAAUUUAAUGAACAGAAGUUUUAUAGCCGUUACAGAUAAGGAAGACCAACAAGUUGAGUUGAAUAGAGUUUUGUCUACACUUAAGGAUAGCAACUACCCAAAAGAGUUUUUCAAGAAGGUUAUUAGAAAAGAAAGAUUAAACUAGAAUGUAUACUGAAAGAUUGGAAGUCCACCGUGGUCAUCCCAUACCGUAGCGAAAUAUUGGAAGAAAUCAAGCAGAUUCUAAACAAGCGUGAUUUAGGAGUGUAUUUUCGCGCUGGUGACACCAUAAGAUCGGCAUUAGUGAAAGUUAAGGAUAGGUUCUCAAAGGAAAAACAAUAAAAUGUUGUCUAUGAGAUUAAUUGUCAUGAUUGUAAUGAAG